AUUCAUCCAUAUUUGAUCUCAUCACCAUGAGUUUCUUCACACAUUCCUUGCUAUUGUGCUUCCUUUCUGUAGCUUUCUCUCACCUACUUCCAAGGUCUUUCAGCAUCCAACUUCCACAACCGCCAUUUCAUACUUUGACCCAACAGCUGCCAUUACGUUGUACGGAUUGGAGAGUAGCGGUGGAGGCCAACUAUCUGACCCCAUGGAACACGAUUCCCCAGGAAUGUAUCGAGUACGUGAAGGAAUAUAUGUUGGGUCCGUCUUACCAAUUUGACCUUCAAAUCGUGUCCAAGGAAGCAGAAACCUAUGCCAAGACUGCUGAUUUGAAGCAAGAUGGGAUGGAUGCUUGGAUUUUCGAUAUUGAUGAAACUUUGCUUUCAAAUCUACCUUAUUAUGCUCACCAUGGUUACGGCUCCGAGAUUUUCGACAACAUUCAAUUUGACAAAUGGGUCAUUGAGGGAAUGGCGUCGGCAAUUGAACCUAGUUUGAAGCUCUACAAUGAAGUUUCAAGGCUAGGAUUUAAGAUCUUCUUGUUGACAGGACGCUCCGAAGACAAAAGAGAUAUCACCAUCAAUAAUUUGAUCCAUGUUGGAUUUCAAAAAUGGGACCGACUUAUUUUGAGAGCUAGCGAAGACCAUGGAAAAACUGCACAAGAGUUUAAGUCAGAAAAGAGAAAAGAGAUCAUGGAAGAGGGAUUCCGAAUUCUUGGAAACUCCGGUGAUCAAUGGAGCGACCUAAUAGGUUCCUAUAUAUCCGUUAAAUCAUUCAAACUUUCAAAUCCCAUGUAUUAUAUAUCUUAACUUCUUUUUAGCGUGAGGGAGGAAUUCGAAAUGAAUUUAAACAUAAAUAGGGCUUCGGCUAUUCACUCAUAUUUGUUGUAGAUGAAAUGACCGCAACAAGUAGAAAGUGUGACAAAUUUAUAUUGGAUUUUAUCUUAAUUGACUCGAGGCA